GAAGAAACAAAUAUUCGCAGAAUGUUUGGCUGUUGAUCUGGUUCUGGUUGAGGGGCUUCCAAAAUAUUUGUAUUAGUAACCGCCGAUGACAUCAUGGGUCCAUGGCCAAACACAAACCCAUGCCAUUGUGUUCUCAAUUGGCCACUCUCUUAGCUCUCUGCUCUGACUCUGGCAGCUCUCUUGGUUGGGGCUCCAUCAGUUCUGGCGGAGAUCACAAAGAUCAGAUACCAUGGAGCAGCAGGUAGAGAGACUGCGUGUGAGGUUGGUGCCCGCCAACACGCCGGAGGAUCGUUCAAGGAACAUCAUUGCGAAUGUAGUGCUGGAGGACGGGCCUGUGCCCUUUAUCGAUGAGCAGGCGGCGGAAAAGGUGACACUGCUGCCACAGGAGGCAGCAGGCCCUACUGCUACUGUCCAACAUCCACGAAUCCGGUACUAUGCCGUGGGUCCUUCCACCUACAAGUUACUGUGCCCACUUUGUCGGGAGCGGAGUGAGGCAGCUGUGAUGAGGGCUGCCAGCUGGAAAGAUGCCACUUGCUGUCUUAGUUUGGUUUCUUGCAUCUUCCCUCUUUUCUGGAUCUGCUGUGUGUGCACCUGGUGUGGAUGCAACCGUGAGUGGACCACCAAGGGUAUCUACUGCAGUUCGUGCGGCGGCAAAGUGGGAGUCCAGCGCAAGGCCAAAUAGAUUCUAAUUAAAAUGAUAUUAAUGCCAAAAAAAAUGUAUCUGAUAAAUAAUUCUAUUACGGAUCUAAUUAAAUUAAAAACAUACCGUAAAUCA